CGCGCCCUAAAAGUUGUUUUUCACGUGGGUUACGAUCAUUUGCGGUGCAAAAAGGUCAUGUGAAGAAUAUAAAGUUCAACAAAAGAGCGAUUAAAUUUAACUUUUUUAGUAAAUUUAAAUAGUAAAAAAAUUUAGUUUAAAUAAAUAAAUUAAGUCAUUUGAUGCGAAAAAAUAUACAAAGCUUAUUUUGAAUAUUAAUAUUAUGCAAAAAUAAUUGAAUAACAAAACAUGGAUAUUAGAAAUUUGCAGUUCAAAUGCUUUUACUUAGAAGUUUUAUUAGUUUUAGGUUUCCUAGACGUUUCCUGUGUAAAAAUCAACCGACUCCUUGUGCCAGAAAUCGCUUCUCAGGCAAAGCCGCCUGUAAUUUUAGACUGCGAUUAUUCCUUAGAAAACCCAGGAAAGGACGAAGGUCUAGUCGUCAAGUGGUUUUUUAAUGAGAGGAUGUAUCCCGUUUAUCAGUGGAUCCCAGACGCUAAGCCGCAGGAACUCGGAAUUUUAAAAGGUCGUUUGGAUCUCAGUUACAAAGCGUCAACAGAUCGUCUCAAAAUGUACAGAGCGCUGAAAAUUGAAAAACUGGGACCCGAACUAGAAGGAAAUUAUACGUGUACAGUAUCUACGUUCCUUAGCGAAGACAGCAAGAGUGGAGGAAUGCUUGUGUUUAUUCCAGAAAAGUCGUUGGAGCUGAAGUAUCCUCCAUUAUGGGAAGGAACUGAUAACAACUCGAAGAUUGUUUGUUAUGUAGAAAAUAUUUAUCCUAGGCCCCGUUUACGGUUAUUUUUAAAUGAGAGUGAAAUUGAAAAUGCCACAAUGAAUUAUCUAGAACUUACCAGUGGCCUUUAUAAUGUGGAAUUGGUAGCCGCAGUGAAGAACCUGACAGAUGGCACGUCCAUUUUGUGCGAACUAAAUGUGGAUAUGGCAAAUUACACCAUCAGAAAGGAAGCCAUUUAUUACAAAGUUUGGAACUCAUCAAAUAAUAAUGCAAGAGGACAUCGGCUAUUUUUAAGGCUUUUUUUCGUAGUGUUUGUGAUGUACUGUUUUAUUUUGUAGAUUAAAUGUCAGUAAAUAAUAUAUAAUAGCAAGAAAUUAAGUAAAAUCUCAUAAUAAUAAAUUCAGGGUGUCAAAAUAGCCUUGAUUUUGGCAAUUUUUAUCCUAAUAGAGUAUUUUAACAACAAUUAUUAUACGAAAGUAUUAAUAUUCUGAUAAUAUAAUUUACCAGUUACCACAAUUUUUCGUUUUAAAAAAUGUACGGAUUUUUUUCAUAUUAUACCAUGAUUAUAUUUAUGUAUUUUCUUUAACUUUAUGUGAAAAUUGCCUUUAUAAGGCUGCUCUAAAUUAAAAUUCAUAAACGCUUAUGAAAAGGUCGAAAUUUUUUGAUACUCAAUUUUUAUGACUAUAUUUAUUUAUACAGGACAGAGAUUUGUAAAUUUGU